CCACAUUGUCAAUGCUCCUGAAUAUCCGAUAAAUUUGCCUGAAAUUUAAACUGCAAUGAUUUUUGUAACGCUCUAACCAAUUUAAAGGUCACUUUACGUUCAGAAUUUUGAAAUGUCCACAAUAAAAUGAAAAAAAAUAAAGUAUUGUUUAUGUAUCUAACUUCAAUGUAUUUUGUUUUCCAAAAAAAAGAUAACGUCACACGUCAGUUACGUUUAGUCUGUCAAUUUCAAUUAUUAAUUAAUUAUUAUGGGUGUAAUUGAAAUUGUAUCCCGAUAGUGGAAUGGAAAUAAAAACCUUUAUGGGACUGCCAAAUUAGAAGAGUUCUGACUGUUUGAUCUUAGUAUAGGUAUCUUCUGUGUUGUAAAAGAUUGUGAUUUUAUGUGCCACCUCAGCUCAUAGUGUGAAUGCCAACAAAUGAGAAGAACUGAAUUGUAAACAUUUAAUAUUCGUAAUUUAUCAAUGAAACAUGGCAUUUGAAAGUUCGAGUGCCACCGAUAUGUCCCAUGCGUUCCUCGAAAGCCUACAAAAUGACUUUAAAAACCUAUCAGUCGAGACCAAAAAGAAGUAUCCGCAAAUUAAAGAGUCGUGCGAGGAAGCCAUCAUUAAGUUGCGAAGUUCAGGACCAAACGCACAGAGCUCUUUGUAUUACAUCAUCAAUCAAGUAAUGUACCCCUUGGUACAGGGUUGUGAAUCGAAAGAUAUCAAACUUAUUAAGUGUUGUCUCCCUAUUAUACAAAAACUUAUAACUCAACAAGUGGUAGAUCAAAAAGGUGCAAGAUACAUAACGGAUACAUUGUGGAGUUUAAUGGAGUCCGGAAUCGAGGAGGUAAAAGUUCUGCAAUCGGUAACCCUACUGCUUACAACGAAUACAAUCGUACAUGGGGAGACUUUAGCAAGGACGUUGGUGCUAUGUUUUCGGCUACACUUUACUAAAAAUUCGACUACAAUAAAUACAGCCGGCGCAACCGUACGCCAAUUAGUCAAUCUCGUUUUCGAAAGAGUGGUGGCUGAAGAUGAACAAAUAUGCGAGCUAGAGGGCCAUCCUUUACCUCGACAAGUCAAUUUGGAAGAUCUGAAGACGCCCAGCGGUGUCGCGCCAAAGGGAUUACCACCGUGCGCCUCCGACGCCUAUCUACUAUUCCAAGACUUAGUGCAAUUAGUCAACGCCGAUCAGCCAUAUUGGCUAAUUGGCAUGACCGAAAUGACGAGGACUUUCGGUUUAGAACUGCUCGAGUCCGUACUGACACAAUUUUCCAUUGUUUUCUUCAAGAAUGCCGAAUUCAGCUUCCUACUCAAAGAGCGCGUCUGCGCGUUAGUAAUUAAGUUAUUUUCUCCCAACAUUAAAUAUCGCAAUUCCAUUCCCGCAAGCAUACAGCAAGCGACACCUUUCGACAAACCGUACUUUCCCAUUAGUAUGCGACUACUUCGAGUCGUUUCAAUUUUAAUACAAAAAUAUCACAGUUUAUUGGUAACUGAAUGCGAAAUAUUUCUUUCAUUAAUCGUGAAAUUCCUAGAUCCUGAUAAACCAACGUGGCAACGAUCGUUGGCGCUCGAGGUUUUACAUAAAAUGACCAUACAACCCGAACUGUUAAACUCGUUUUGUGAAUGUUACGAUCUUAAGAAACAUACGACUAGCAUUUUUCAGGAUAUUGUAAACUCGUUAGGCGCAUAUGUUCAGUCACUAUUCGUGAAUCCUCAGCUGCAGUGUGCGUCGACAAUUCCAGUAACGCAAGGUCAGCCACCUGUUUUUCUGAGCGGGGGAAUACCUUCAGGUCCAGGCGUUUCUCCACAACCCGGUUUCUUUUCCAGAGGAGUCUGGUUGCCAGUUGUGAUUACUUUUCCUACCGGUACAGCCAAAUCAACAUAUUUGGAAGUGUUAGAUAAAAUAGAACCGCCACUAAUACCCGACGGCUACGGAAUAUCAAUCGCAUAUGCUUGCUUAUUAGAAAUCAUUCGUUCCCUUCAUAUAACGAUUGUCCCACAACAGACAACCGACGGGCAAACCGUGACAUUCGUAUCGAACGAAAAGGAUAAGGAUCUACACUGUCAGCUAAUCAACUCGAGUUGGUGCGGACUAGUGGCGGCGUUAAGUCCCCUAAUUGAAGCUAGCACCGACGAAUCGAUCACGGAGAAUGUUUUGAAAGCUGUGCAAACGUACGCGUCGCUUUGCGGUAUGCUCGACUUGCAAAUACCGAGAGACGCGUUCAUUACCGCCAUCUGUAAAUCUUCACUUCCUCCACACUAUGCUUUAACAAUAUUAAACGCAGUCACGCCAGGAAUGAAUUUAAGAAUACAACGAAGUGACAGUCAAGAUGUUCAUUCGCAGUAUAUUGCUCCUUAUGGUGAAUCAGAUUACCGACAACAGGUUGUGGCUGUAGGUACUCCUCUACCAACAUCUUCUUUGCCUGUUGGUACACAGCAAGGUCCGGUCAUGCUGACCGCUAAAAACCUCCAGUCGAUGAGAGCCCUUUUAAAUCUGGCACAUUGUCACGGAAGCAUUCUGGGAACGUCAUGGCACUUAGUGUUGACCACCCUACAACAUCUAGUAUGGAUCUUAGGACUUAAACCGUCGACAGGGGGCAGUUUGAAAGCGGGCCGGACAACAGCAGAUUCGAACGCAGUAAUAACGACCGCGGUCAUGGCAGAUUUGCCGGUUCUUUCGACCAUGCUGAGUAGGUUGUUUGAGUCGAGUCAGUAUUUAGAUGAUGUAGCUCUGCAUCAUUUAAUAAACGCACUCUGUAAAUUAUCCCAGGAGGCCAUGGAGCUGGCAUAUUCGAAUCGAGAACCAUCACUAUUUGCUGUCGCUAAGCUUUUGGAAACGGGCCUGGUCAACAUGUCACGUAUCGAAGUGCUGUGGCGCCCCCUCACCAACCAUUUGCUAGAAGUCUGCCACCAUCCGCACAUUAGAAUGCGAGAGUGGGGCGUUGAAGCAAUUACGUACCUAGUCAAGUCCGCUUUGCAGUAUAAGUACCCUGUACCCUUGAGAGAGAAUCAAAAGUUGCAAACUUUACUUUUGGGACCAUUAGCAGAACUGUCGACUGUUCCUCAUGGCGAUGUAAGGCAGCGCCAAUUGGAGUGCGUCUUACAGAUCUUACAUGGAGCUGGUGAGACGUUAUCGCAUGGCUGGCCGUUAGUCUUGGGAAUAAUUGGAGCUGUAUCAGAUCAUCAUGGUGAAAAUUUGAUACGAAUAGCAUUUCAAUGCCUUCAAUUGGUUAUUACCGACUUUCUAUUGGUGAUGCCUUGGAGAUGUUUGCCGAUAUGUGUCGAUACUGUCGCAAAAUUCGGUUCUCAAACACAAGAACUGAACAUUUCACUGACUGCUGUGGGCCUAAUGUGGAACAUUUCCGAUUACUUCCACCAAAAUCAAGCGAAGCUAACCCAAAAUCUAAGCGAAGACGCGUCAGUCUUACCCGACUUUCCUGGCACCCUCAAUAUGCCCAGCUUUGAUAAGUUGUGGAUGUGUCUGUACGCGAGGUUGGGCGAUUUGUGUGUCGAUCCACGUCCGGCCGUAAGAAAGUCGGCCGGACAGACUCUGUUCUCGACCAUAUCGGCACACGGAAGCCUUCUGAAACAAUCGACAUGGCAAGCGGUUUUGUGGCAGGUGCUGUUUCCGUUGUUGGAUAAAGUGAGAAGUCUGUCAAGUGCUGCGAGUAGCGAGAAAGUUGAUACAGGAGGCAACAUUCUAAUUCACCACACAAGAAAUACGGCGCAAAAGCAAUGGGCCGAAACGCAAGUGCUAACCUUAUCCGGUGUGGCGAGGGUGUUUAACACGAAACGUCAGCUACUGCAGUCGUUGGGCGAUUUUCCAAGGGCUUGGUCGCUACUGUUAGAAUUCAUAGAAAACGCGGCGCUUAGCAAGAAUAACGAAGUCUCCUUUUCCGCCUUAAAGUCGUUUCAAGAAAUUUUAUACCUCAAUAAAACGCAGAGCACGGAUAAUAAGAGCACUUCGAAUGAGGAAGUCGAUAUAUGGGCGAUUGCCUGGAAGGUGUGGAUCAAAAUUGGGACUGAAGUCACCGUUCCUAUAGUAGAAAGCGAACUAAUGGACGAUUUUUAUUUACCUAGUCAAGCAUUUUUAACUGCUCUCAUACAAAUUUUCCCAAACGUUUUUCAACAUGUGAAAAGCAAUUUUAGUUUAGAAGACUUGCAGCAGUUAUGUGUUGUACUGACAAAUUCUGUCACGGUUCCCGUACACGGCGAAAGCACAACUUAUAUUCUACCUACAUCAGUCGAUGUUAGUCUAACACCUCUGCAUGACGGAAUACUACACGCAAUGGAACUUUUACAAAAAGAAGCCGUGCUUCGGACUAACAGCAAAAUGAUACCCGAAAUUUUUAAACAAUUACUAAUAUUCGGAAAAUUCACCUGUAACCCACCGAACUUCUUAAAGUACGACCUAAAGCAAGUAAAUAAAGUGGCAGCCGAAUGGAUCAGCAUGAACUACAUACCUUUCGGCGAAAAGGCAAUCAACAUGGCUGUGAAGUUGUACGAGAGAACUGCCGAAAAUGCCGAUGUGAUAAAUGCUAACGUACUGCACGAUAUUAUUGUUGCACUACACACCCCCUUAUCGUUAAAAUACAAUUGCGUGUCGAGCACCACCUGGAAAUUAGCGGCGAGUAGUUUAAUUAUAGUUCUAAAGGUUGGAUUGCCUGUUGCAAGAAAUCAUAGCAACCAGUUCGCUUCGAUGUGGAAUCAACUCCUGAUUACUCUCAACGAAUUUUUAUUUCCUAAAACGUGCGCACCGUCGGAUCGGGGGCUAGACGAGUUAGUUGCCGACGAGGCGACAGACUGUCAAUUGAUCGAAUUACUACGAACCGAAGUACUUCCAUUUUCCGCCAAUAUACCGCGACAAUUCAUUUUAAAAGUUGUCGUCCUUUUGAAUAGAGGCUCGAUUCAUUCGGCGACCAAUUCGAAUGUAGACUGUGAGACUGAACUAACACUACGCGAAGAGUUCGCGAAAAUAUGCUUUGAAACCUUAUUACAAUUUUCAUUAAUCGACGGCGAUAACGACAGUAUGGUUAUUAGUGACGAAAAGGAGGGAGUCGCCGGUAAAUUGGCGGUAACCGCGCUUCUGCACCGAUUUCAAGAGGUUCUGAAGAAAUAUAUUGAUGACGAAAAACACAGCGGGAAAUGUCCGUUGCCAAGAUAUCGUCUUUCCGAGGUUUCGUUUGUGUUGAAAGCAGUUACAACUCUAGUUAUUUCUAUGAAAAAAGCAUCUGUUGGGAAAGAAGACGUUCACGCGUGGGAACAACUCAUCGGCUUAUAUCCCUAUCUUGUAGAAUGUACAACCACCAGUUCUUCGCAGGUAUCCAGACCGUUACGUGAAGCCCUUUUACAAUUCUGUGAUUUACUACAGCCACCUCACCCUAAAAGUUCGCUGCAUAGGAAUGGCGUAUAAGAAAUGUUAACCGAUUGUUUUGAAUUCUUUGUGCGGGCAACGAACAUUAUGGUUCCUCCCUAUAUUACGACACUUACUGUAAAUAUUUUCGUGGUCCUUUUGAAUUGUGUCAGAUGUUCAAAUUAAAAUAAGGGUACCUUUUUUUUAUUUUUAGAGAAGCAAUAUUUAAUAGUUAUACGUGCUACCAAAUGAAUAAGAUGUAAGGCGCUAUCUACUGACAAUCUUAAAGGUGUAGACCUGGUGGGGCGUUUAGGCAAAUGCAUCUAGCAUUUAUUUCCAUUCAUUCUGUAUAUAGUAGUACAUUUUCCAAAAACCGCAUAUAUUGGACCACUUUUAACUAAAACCUGCGCUAUCACCAUUUACUAUGUUUAAUAAUAAGCAUUUAAGAUAAGCAUAAUUAUAACUAUAGUUAGGCAUCAUUCCAUAGCGGUCUGUAACCAAUCAAUUUAUGUAGUCAUACUGUAAUAAUCUUUUAAAUGACAAUAGCGCAUUAUUAGGAUGGUAUCGUGAGUUCUCAAUAUGAAAUGAAUGAUAGUUGCUUUAUAAACUGCCCUUACCAGAUUUAUAUAACCAAAAAUGCAAACCAUCAGUAUUACAACUUUGUUUGUGCCAUAAUUGAUUCAGGGUGUAAUUUUUUAAUUCUCUAAA